GCGUUGUUAGGGUUGGGGUUAUCCUAGUAUUCUAAUUUCGAACAGGUUACAGCCUUAUUCAGGAAAACCCUAUCCCUGACCUCGCGCAGAAACGCACUCUAGCAGUCCCAGAUCUGCCAAAUCGAUUCCGAGUGGAAUUUCGCCAAGCUUGCUCUGGAUUUCCGGUUUUGUGCCCCAUUUCUUUGCCCCUCAAACCUACAAACGCAGUGUUCCUCUGUUUUAUUAACUUAUUGAGGAGAGAGUUGUAGCAGCAUGGGUAUCCGAGGCCGAACUGAUGGUGAUCGCCUGAGAACAGUCUGGACCCCCGAAAUGGAUCGAUAUUUCAUUGAUCUCAUGUUAGAGCAAGUUUGCAAAGGAAAUAAAUUUGAUGAUCAUUUAUUUAGCAAGCGAGCAUGGAAGCAUAUGACAUCCUUGUUUGAUGCCAAGUUCAAGUUUCCAUAUGAAAAAGAUGUUCUGAAAAAUCGGCACAAAACACUAAGGAACUUGUACAAGGCUGUAAGGAAUCUCCUUGAUCAGAGGGGCUUCAGUUGGGAUGAAAUGCGACAAAUGGUGACUGCUGAUAAUAAUGUCUGGGAUGAAUAUAUCAAGGUACACCCAGAUGCACGGUCAUUCAGAAUAAAAACCAUCCCUUAUUAUCAUGAUUUGUGUUCAAUAUACGGUGACACAGCCAUGGAAGAGAGAAGUGAUAAUAUUCCCGAGGAGUCAUCACAUUCAGGUGAGAAUGGUACAACUGCAGCCACACAGCCAAGGAGAGUUAGUCAGGGAACUGCUGAGACUCUUCAGGAUAUCAUGGUUGGUGAAGAUUAUGGAGUCACUGUGCCAGCAAAGUCUUUUGAUGAUGUGGAGCAUGCUAUGACAAGUGUUCCUGGAAUCACCACGAAUAGUCGCUCCAGAACUUACUGGCAGCCACCCAUGGACCGUUAUUUCAUUGAACUUAUGCAAGAACAGGUGCGGAAAGGCAGCAGGAUAGAUGGUGUUUUCCGUAAACAAGCAUGGAUGGAGAUGAUUGCCUCAUUCAAUGCAAAGUUUGGCUUUAACUAUGAUAUGGAUGUUCUUAAAAAUCGACACAAAACUCUGAAAAGGCAAUAUAAUGUUAUAAAGAAUCUACUUGAAUUGGAUGGGUUUAUCUGGGAUGAUGCGCGCCAAAUGGUGACUGCUGAUGAUUAUGUUUGGCAAGAUUAUAUUAAGGAACAUACUGAUGCACGGCAGUUCAUGACCCGGCCUGUCCCAUAUUAUAAAGACUUGUGCAUGAUAUGUGAUCCAAGUGUUGACGAUAGAGAUUCCUAUUCAGGUGAAGAUGUGGAGCAAGAAAAUCAAGUUGAAGGCGCCAAGUUGUGUGGAGCAUUAACUAGUUUUCUGUCUCCAUCUACAUCGGUUUCCACUGAAGAUGAAGAUGGUGAUGUGCAGGAGUCAACCCCUAUGUGCCAGAAGAAAAGGCGUCGACUAGAAAACUGCCCAAAUGAGGCUCAUCCAAAAAGAUCACGAGAAGAAGAUGGUGGCAUGGCUAGUGCUCUUCGUGAGAUGGCAUCUGCGGUAUCUUCGUUAUCAGAGAAGAAGAGAAAUGAUGAGAAGUUGAACUCUGGGUCAAUAGAAAGUGUGGUUGAAGCAGUACAAGCAUUACCAGACAUGGACGAAGACCUUGUGUUAGAUGCAUGUGAUUUGCUAGAGGAUGAAAAGAAGGCAAAAACAUUCAUGGCAUUGGAUGUUAAAUUACGAAAGAAGUGGUUGAUGAGGAAACUUAGACCACAGUAGGGUCUUUCCAAAGUUGUAUAUUUUUUGUCGAAUAGCAUAGAUUUUUUCUUUUAAUGGUAAAAAAAAAAGAGAGCAUAGAAAUGGAAAGGAAAAUUAACA